AUGACAUCCCCAACUCUCGUGCCCAUCAUCCAGAAGAAUUCGUCAAUGGGGUGGCAGGUCGAACUCAUGCAGCCGGUGAACCAUCGGGCUCUUCAACACCAAUACCACAGCGUCCUCUGGCAGGAGCAGCUGCCCACUACGCCGCAAGAGACCAAAACCCGCCAUCCAUUGGCAAGCAAUCUGCAGAACAAGAACAUGAAGAAACGCCUUGGAGAUGCCAUGCACUCUCAAUGGCGACAGAUUCAACGCGAGGACGGGAAUUUCGAGUUCAAUCUCCACCCCCCGACGCGGAGCGCAACCUUGAUUUUUGUCGAUCACGCUAUCCAAGCAAACGUCAGUGGCCGUCUCCAACAACCAAGCCUGAUGGAUUUGCUGUCGCCUCUCACGAUUCCAAGAACAAGUAAGUCCCGAUCCUCGUCGAACCCUCGCCAACGGAAUCCGUAUUCUAUUAUCGACGCACCGGACCCUCAGGCGUCUCUCUUUCCCAAGACUAUCAGUGUCACGGUGUUUUUCACUUUCGUCGAACAUCCGAUUUUCGUGGAUGAUAUCAAACUGGACAAUUUCGAUUGGACCGUGCCUGAAAACUAUGAAGUGCUCAUUCCCACCAAGAUCUUGGAGAAGGUCCAGAAAUCAUACGAUCUCGAAUCGGAGCAGAUGUACCGCAGACAUGGCUCCUCCAGGGUCAAAGGGCCACCGGGUCUCCAUGUCUACGGGCAUUACGCAAUCCUCGAUGACAUGGAGGUGCUGAGCCCAAAAAUGCAAUCGUCCACAUCUGCGGCUUCAUAUCCAAGUUAUCCGUCUCAGCCCUUCUCUCUCGAGGUAUAUUGGGAUUACGGCUUUGUCAAAUUGCAGAAAUCCGGCCAUCAGUCGUACGCAGACAUGAUCAUGAUGGAGAUGAAAAGGAAGCUCAAGGUCAAUUUCAUGGGAUUUCAGUACAUUCCCCGGUGUGAUCUCGACGUCUUUCUUUCCCUGGAUAUGGUGGCGCAAAUUGUCGACGAGGACACGAACCUUCAACUGGAAGGCGCUGCCUGGGAGGGGGGGAUUCUGAAAGAUGCCAAGGGGAAAGACGCGUCAGAGAGAGACCCGAGAGCAUUGGGGAAGCGAGCGUACUGGUCCCCUGAGACCGAAAAGAAGCGUGCCGGUGUGUCUCAACCCAUUGAUCUGUGGGCCCUCGAUUGCGUCUUCCUGGAGUUGCUGCUAUGGUCAUUUGGGUUCUACCAGGAUGGCAACGAGGCCGGAUUCUCCACGGCGAGGGAAAGCUUCCCUGGAUAUGAUUCGGACAAUCUGAAUGACAUGUUCUGGUAUAAGGUAGCCGGACGAGGAAGAGGUAGGCCGUCUAAACUGAAACCAGCCGUUGACCAAGUGCUCCGUGAGCUUGCGAAAGAGCACUGCGUUGAAAUGAGGGUCUUCCAACGCGUCAUAGGAGCCAUCCAAGAACUCUUGGAAAUCGACCCGGACAGGCGAAUGAAGGCCGAGAGACUCGCCGAGUGGAUGAGCCAAGUCGUGCGGCAGACCGAGGGCGACUUGAGAGCCACCGGCAUCCCCAACUUCUACCAAGACCAAUACCACCGAAACCGCGGCGGAAGCGAGGUUGGACAAGAGCUCUUGAGCGAGUGGCUCGACCCCGAAGGCUCGCCGUCGGUAUCCCGCACCCCCCAGCUCCUCGAGCAGCCGCCGACACUCGCCCCUGGGAGGAACCCCGACCACGCUGACACAUACCGAAUCCGCGCCUCCGGUCCUCAUUCAGGCCGGCUUUACAGCGCUGGCCACCGACCGCAGGUACAAUAA